ACAAAAUAGUGCGACCACAGGCGACACUCACAUGCUAUAGCCGCCACCGCCCACACAUUAUUUGUCUCAAACACUCUCUGAAGGACCAGAGCAACGACGCUCAGCUGCACAAUACACCGCAGCGCAGCCGUCACAAGCCCACUGCCCACGCCCAGUCCCAGAGCGAGCGAGACGACUGCGUCGAAGACGAUGAAGGAGAAGGCGAGGCCCACGUUGGCCCAGUCCAGCGGGCUCGUCGCACCUCCCGGCGCGUCCAUGGCUAUGACGGGCGAGCUGGUGGUGGUUGGGAUGCAAGUGCAAGAUGGAUUUGUCCGAGUUGUCGGUGCAUGCCGGUCAUGGUGAGGGGACGGCGGCCUGAACAGCGCAGACGCGCUGGGACUGAUGUCAUUGUCAUGCAUCCAGCGCACAUCUAAUCUUAUCCGCCACUCCUCGUCUCACCAUUUCUCAUCCUCGUUGCAUGCGCAUCUCCUGUGUCCUCCGUACAAUGUCUGCGACGACUCCCGCUACUGUGCUAAGGCCGACCCUGGAACGCGUAGAGGAGCUCAGGACAUCGCUCGCGGAGAUCAGCGCCCGCGUCCAGCAAGCAGCCCCAGCAAAUGCGACCACAGGCAGGCAGCCGACGCUCGUCGCGGUGUCAAAGUACAAGCCUGCAUCGGAUAUCCUCGCUUGCUACGAAGACGGCCAGAGAGACUUUGGGGAGAACUACGUGCAGGAGCUGGUGGACAAGGCGGCGCAGCUGCCAGCAGACAUCCGAUGGCACUUCAUAGGCACCUUCCAGACGAACAAGUCCAAGAUCCUUGCCUCGAUCCCGAACCUGUACGCCGUCCAGACCGUAGGAUCGGCCAAGGGUGCGGACGCCCUCAACAAACAGCUGACCUCUCGCACGACUCCGCUUAACGUCCUUCUCCAAGUGAACACUUCCGGCGAGGACGUCAAGUCCGGACUCGCGCCACUCACCUCCCCCGUGCCCGCAGACGCAGAGCUCGUCCAUCUCGCGCGCCACAUCGUCUCCUCCUGCCCGCACCUCCACCUCCAGGGUCUCAUGACAAUAGGCUCGCUCACCGAGUCACUCGACUCAAAGGAGAAGCCGAACGAGGACUUCGAGAAGCUCAAGCAGACGCGGGACCUCCUCGAGGAGGCGCUCGCCCCGGAGAAGGGUCAGUGGGGCGAGGGCGGGCGGUUACUGCUGAGCAUGGGGAUGUCGAGUGAUUUUGAGGCAGCGUUGAGGACGGGGAGCGAUAUCGUGAGGGUGGGGACGGGGAUUUUUGGCGGCAGGCCGAAGAAGGAGGAGGUGAAGAGCGCGACGUCCUGACGAAUCAAAUGUAGCAAUAUCAAAUGUAUCGUAGGGUUUCCGCCCACACACGCUCGACAGGUACAGUCUUGACAUAUCCGGACGGUUGCGGUGACGCUCGUCACCGACAUAUCAGUGCACGGUACUUGUACAAAGGUACAAGGACAUUCGAUUGGAUCUAUGCGGCAUCGCAUGGUUCUUCAGCGAACGACAUCCAUGGCGGUCUCAGCACAGCAAGUUCAGUACCAACACAACGGAUAAGUAGACAACGUGGCAAGGUCCUCGCUCGACUGGACGUCUCAGGAUGUCAAACUUUACUAUACCAUAUCGCGCUGCCAUCCCGGUCCUCGAGGCAGGUCAAUCAUACCUUGCAUGAAUCGGGUAGAUCACGUCUUGUCGAAGG